AGGAUAGGCAACUAACACGAGUGAAACCGCCGACCGGUGUUUUAAACGAAUGCUGCAUUCUGCAGUUGCUUCUCUGCGUCGCUGUUUGAUGUCCUGGCGACGUUGGGCGGCUUGUUUCCUUUUCUUCUCCCUUUGCAUGUUUAUUCGUGCAAGAUUCUAAUAGGCUGAUUUGCGACGAUCCCGAGGCGGUCUCUAGCACGGCGGUCACCAGACGUCUGCUCCAUCUUCGUGCUGCUUCUCGCUGCAUCGCCGUUGGUGAGGCUGUGCCAGCAGCUCGCCAGUGUCCUGUUGCCAAAAUGGCGGCCUUGUCCGUGGUUUGCCCCCAGACUGUGAGCAGGGUCAGUUCAGUCCUCAAUCGAGAGGUGAAGCAAUUUGGAAAGAAAUACAUGUUUGAUGGGAAUGCGGAAACAUGCUGGAACUCUGACCAGGGCUCCAUCCAGUGGCUGACGUUGGAGUUUCCACACACAGUCAAGGUCUCCCAAGUUCAAAUACAGUUCCAGGGGGGAUUUGCAAGCCGGAAAUGCACACUGUAUGGCUGCAGCAGAGGGGAAGAGCUUUCCCAGAUCGCUGAGGUAUACCCCGAAGAUUCAAACUCCCUCCAAAGCUUUUCUCUCCCAGAGGCGCUUUUGGAUAAAUUGAAAAUCACCUUUGAAGACAGCACGGAUUUCUUUGGGCGAAUCGUCGUCUACCACCUGGAUGUUCUCGGGGGAAAGCUUUAAUGCAAAAGGAAGCGUUGUUCCUUCGUUCCCCUUCCUUGAGAGGUUCCACGCUCCUACCAGGAUUCUCCAGGAAAACAUCUCCUUGGCCAUGGGGUUGCUAAGCUUUCUGGAAACGCCUUUUCCCCUCCCCUUCAUCCUUUUAUUUGAAGAUUUUGAAGGAAAGUAGCCUACCUCUCGCCCUGACCUGGAUAGCCCAGGCUAGCCAGACCUCAGAAGCCAAGAAGG